CCAACACUUUACUCACAUCAUCUUACCUUUGCUUUCCCAUAAAUAAACAUCAAUGCCCACCAUCUAACUGUCUCUCCUUCUCCCCUUUUCAUCAUUUACCCUUUCUUUAUUUUUAUACCAAGUUCAGUACAUUUUUAUCUAUUUUUUAAUAAUUAGAGCAUUAAGAACUAUUAGCUUUCAUUUCACCCUCUAUUAGUGCUUAAGGAACAUAAAUAAAGACACACAAGCUUAUUUUGUCUUCUCAUAACCAACCUUUCCAAAGAGAAGAAACAAUGGAAAUACAUGUCUCCAAUUUCCAAAGCAAUUUGUAGUUGAUCUCAAGUAGAAAGCCAUCAUCUGAACUUGAAACUUAAGAGAGGAAACAAGCAUCUCUUUCGCUCAAAGCUCUUAAUCAAAUCAUAUUGUGAUGGUAUAAAUUGGUGGACAUAUUUAGUGAAUUAACUCUAAUCAUGAAACCAAGUUUUGAUCUUGAAGUAGAGCCCACCACAGAAUAUGAAUCGGAAGUAAGUAGCGAUGUUGCUUCCAAUAUAUCCGUCCAUGGAUUAGAAACCUCUCCACGUUCCUAUAGUAACAGCUUCACCAACAACUCCAACAUUACAAAUCCAAGAGAGUUUCAUCCGUACUCAAAUCCUAUCUCGCUCGACUUAACACUCAAUUUCAACAACAACAACAACGACUUGGUUCCGAGAGAUUCAACAGGGUUCUCAUUCUCAAGCACCAGUGAGAGCAGCAAUGAACCUACCAUCAACCCAAGAGUCUUCUCUUGCAAUUACUGUCACCGCAAGUUUUACAGCUCUCAGGCGCUCGGUGGACACCAAAACGCACACAAGAGAGAAAGAAUUAUAGCAAAGCGAGCUAUGCGAAUGGGACUAUUCUCUGAGAGGUAUGCAAGUUUGGCAUCUCUCCCUCUCAAUGGUUCUUUCAGGUCCUUAGGUAUAAAAUCACACUCUUCACUACACCAUGGUUUUUCGCCACCAACAAUAAGGCCUAGUUCCGACAUAAAAAGUAACGCGAGAUUCAAGCAAGGAUGUAUCGGUCAUCCGAUAUUCUUGGAGGAUGAUGAGACUGAGCUAUUGUGGCAAGGUAGUUUCCAUCAGGCGACCGAGGGAGGUAGUAGUAAUACUCAUCAGAGUUCAAAUCUGUGCUUUACCGAGGUGAAUGCGAAACCAUUGGUUGAUAACAUAGAGAAUUCACCACCUGAAUUAACACUGAAACUUUGAAAGGGUUAAUGCUAUUACAAAUCCUUGCUUUGGUAUUUUACUCUAUGUUUCUUCUUGUAUAAGAACUCUAUGUAUUUCUACUAUAUUUAUAAAUCAUGUUUUUUUCUGUAA